AAUUAUACAUACAUAUAUGAAUACGGAUACAGAAGAAGAAGAAGAAAAAGAAGGAAGAAUACCCCGCCUUGCGGCUACCGUUACCGGUGUAGGGUGCUGCCAUGGCAGUUUCGAUAGCCCGAUAUCUACCCUGCAAUUGAUAAGCUUUCAAAGCCAUAUUUUGAUAAUCGAAAAGGUUGCCAAAACUCUUCUGUGGACUAAAUUUUCUAUGAAGUUUUUGAAAAAGCAAGCCAAAGCUCAAAAACGUCAAGUGGGAAUAUUUUGUUUUUUUCAUGUAUCGUUAGCUCAGAGUGUUUUCUUCAAAUGGGAAUUCGCUGAUCUCUUCAUUUUCCACCGUUUAGACAUGGUAUCGCAUUACCUAGGAGCCUCGGCACUGGUAUUGAAUGACUAUUGAGAACCUCAAAAAUGGAUGGAUUGCGAGUAAUCAGUCAUGCUGAAUCGUCGAGCAAGUUUAUUUUUGCAAAGACAUUUAAAAACCUAGUGAAAAAUUAGUUUUACAAAAAAUAUCGAUUGUUGCGGCAAAACCAAAAAGCUCAUAUUUCAUUCAAAACCGUUCCAAAUCAUUUAAAACUUUCUAGAUAGACACAGUUUCAUAUCCUGGACCUGAAAACAUAAAGCUGAGCUCUAAGUCUAUAUAUUCUAGUAAAACUUGGUAAAGAAAAAGUCGGAAGUGCAAGGAAAGCAUCGUCAUUUAUAACCAAAAUUAAUAUUGAUAUAACGACAGCAUCAAAUGAAAUUGCUGAUUUUGGACAAAAACUGUCAAAGUAUGGUGUAUCAAUGCUGCAAUAUAAAGAUUCGUUUCGAACAACAUACGGUGAUGGGUUAACUGAUGAUGAUGGAAUGGAUACUGGAGAUCCAGCUCCAUCAAGAUUAGAGCUCUUAUCAAAACCGUCUUUGUCUGGUAAUUCACCUCAUCUUAAUAUAUCUUCAAAUGUACUGGACAACGCGUUAACAAAAGCAGCCGUAAAGACACUUCUUCCUCCUCUUGCACCACGUCAACUUUCAUCGCAACACGGACAGGAGCAGCGAAUAUUAUCGCAAUUAACACAACCGCGCGAAUCUUCUCGAUCACCAGGACCGCAACAGAUAAGUCGAUCCGAUUCCCAGCGUCGUAGAGCACCUCUAGCUCCACGAACCGAUAAUACUUUAACAACAGAUCAACAAAAUAAUCGGUCUAAAGGAGCAGCGUCUCCUACAAUGGGAUCUUAUAAAACAUGA